CAUGCCCAGAGUUCAAGUUGCGGUAAUGGUUCAAUAAUGACAGUAAACUAAUAAAAUAUUCUUGGGGCGUCGAAAACAUUGAACAAGAGAGUGCAGAGAACUAUAAAAGCAAAACAUUGGUUUUCAAAAAUGGGUAAUAGACGAGAGAACAUAAAGAAAUCUCUUGGUCUAACAGAAUACCCAUGGAGCUCCGAUGAUGACGACAAUCCACAAAUUAUAUCUGAAUCCACUACAUCUAGCCGACGACAAACUGAUACAGCCAAUUCUAAUGCUGCUAAUGCUGCUCCAGAGACCAGCCAGACCAGUGCACAAACAGCUUCUGUGCCUUCCCUUCUUGAUCACUCCCGUCGUAGGAUACGGGGAAGAGUGGAGCGUGACUUAUAUUGGUCUUUGCUCAAUACUCCCAUGAGACCACCUAUACCAGGACCAUCUCGCUCAUUAGAACCAACUGAGAGUAUUGAUCUAACCGAUCCUAUAGCAAAUCUGCAACGAGUCCUUGCUAUCAAGAGGUUAUCACGCAACCAUCCCAACGCAACCAGACAUUGCAUUCAUCCAGUGCCAGUGCAAAUAAACUUACCUGGAUUCGAUAGAUCACAGCAGCCAGUGAGACAUCCAAUGGAAUACUACAAUAGAGUUAUUCAAGAAGCCACUGGGCACGGAACUCGAAACGCUUCAGCACCGAAUUCACCAGAAGGUAGAAAUGCAUCAGCAGCAAAUCUACCGGAAGGUAGAAAUGCUACAGCAGAGAACUCACCGCCAGGCAGAGUAGGGAUGGCAGCAAAUAUCCCGGCAGAUAGAGCUUCGCAUACAUCGGAGGAUAGAGGAGAAUUGGGGGAAGAUGUAAUGGAGAUAGAUGGGACUGAGGACGAAAAUCAGCCCGACGACAACGUUUCAAAUCAAGCACAAGCCAGUGGAGAUGACGAGGAUAAUGAGGAAAAUGGUGAUGACGCCCCCACCGCCUCACCUGCCUCUCCACAUACUCCGCAGGGAACUAAAAGGAAAAGAGAAGCCAGUGAAGAGGUUGAGGUGUUCACAGUUCAGGAUCUUAACCGAAGCCUGCUGCAGUUGCUAGAGUGCCCAGUAUGCCUGGAGUGGAUGGAGCCACCCAUGGCUCAAUGCCGGCGCGGGCACCUGGUGUGCGUGCGUUGCCGUGCGCGACUCGCUUCCUGCCCUGUGUGCCGCACAGCCUUCAGCUCCGUGCGCAACCGUGCUAUGGAAGGGGUAGCGGAGAUGCUUCGCUACCCCUGCCGGCACGGCUGCGGGCGCGAGACGCGGUUGAGGCAACGCGGCACGCACGAGUCGAGUUGCGCGGCGCGUCGCUACCGCUGCCCCGCCGCGUCCUGCGCGCGGCGCGAGCCGCUACCUCUCGCCGAACUGCCGCACCACUUUCAGACGUGUCAUCUGUCCAUCCUGAAAGUAGGUAGCAGGCAUCAGUUCUCAAUGAGGAUGAACGUAGACCAGCACGACGACUGGCUUGUGAUGGUUGGGCGCGACCUGUUCUAUAUGCGGGUGGAUGUCAACAUACGCACGUGGGGCAUCGUGGUUCACGUUGCCUACAUCGGGCCCAAGUGCAACGCCAACAAUUAUACGUACGAGGUUUCAGUAUGCGGAUUGCACAACGAGAGGAAGUUGGUGUACACGCGAGAGACGCACAGUGACCUUGAGAGCGCUUCGCUCAAUGUCAGUCGUCAGGACUGUUUCCACCUCUCGCUCGACCAGGCGCUCAACUUCUUGCGCUACAAGAACCGCCACUGCGAGCCUGACAAGUUUCUGGACUUCGCUGUCGAGAUCAGCAAACUCGACCUGCCCGUCCAACCCCCUCAGGAAGACCUGGAUUCCUGAUUGGGAUGUGUCGUUUAUGUGAGCGAAGGUCGCAUCGUGAGAUGCUCUACGUAUCCGCUGUCCGAGGCGCCUCCCACCGAUUAAAUAUCUCGAGUGAAUAAUAAACACCCCGGUCGACUCUAAUAAACAUGAUUAACAGUAGAGCGUUCUUACUCUUUCUUCUACUUCUAUAACGCACCGCACACAUGCAACAUUAUUGGCAAUAAUCAAUUUCCUUUUGAAAAAUAUUUGCUUGAGUGUUAGCCGUAUUAAAGGAUUGAUCAAAAAUAUUGACAAUAAUAAACGUGUGUGGUGCGCCUAAAGGAGCUCGAUAGAAAUAUACAAAAUCACUCGACUUAUCAUAUAUUGUCAAGUGAUUUUGUAUAUUUAUACCGCGGAGUAAUGUUUGGUCAUGUACAAACUACUUAGUGAUUGUGUUCGGUAUCCCAUAGCUUUUGUUGUGAAAUGCCAAAAGAAAAAUAAAUGUACAAAAAAAACACCAUCCUGCGAAAAAACAAUCAUUGGGAAAUCAUUAUUGGAUUGGAUUAUCUGGAGUGUGCUCCAGAGACUUGAUCAUUGUGAAGUCAGGAAAGUGUGCAAUAUAAUAUGUCAUGACAAACAGGUAAUUUUAAGAUUAGAAUAAAAUUUCAGAUGAAUGUUAGUUGGAAUUUAGAGAAAAGCGUUGAUCGCAUAUUUAUAAUGAUUAAUUAUCUCGUUAUCUUGCUACUUUGUAAUAAAUAUACCAUACUUUAGACUUCUUCUUUCUAUGAAAUGGUCAACAUAUUAUAAUUAUAUAUAUUAUCAUGUAUUUAGAAGUUAGACAAAGACUGUAUUUUUGUAAUUGUGGAGGUAAAGGUAAUUUUACUUGUAUUUAGGAGAACUUUAUAUCUGUACUAGAAUUUACGCGCGAUCUCGUUCGUGUAGUAUAUCUGUAGGUCUUAACACAUACCUCUUCCUAUGUGGUUUAGCUGAUCUAAAUAGGCCCUGUCGAAUAUACGAAUUAACAAACAUUUUAAAAACUUGUUUGGAGUUCUAUAAUGUAUUUAAAAUAAUGAUAUGAAAUAAAAAAGAGGAAAUUGUUUCGAAAUCACAGGCAUUUAUUUAAAACUUUCCAAUUUUAAACGGCUAUAAUUGUAAAUAAGCGUUUGGACCUUUCGCAUAAAAUGCACAUCUCUGGUAUACUAUAAUAUAAAGACGUAUUCUUUCGAGUUACACGCCUUUGAUCUCAUGUUAAAUGCCGAUAUCUCGUCUAGACAGCGUCCUGUGCGUCAGAAACGCGCAUGGUGAUUUGCAAAAUGAAAUGAAACAGUCUAUUAUUUAGUAUUUGUAAGUGGUAACCAAGAAAAAGAAAUUGUAUCUAAUUGAACAUAAAUGAACUCUACUUUGCAGUAACACUAUAUGAAAAUACUACUAAAAUCCAUACAUAAUAUACCAUGCCAUACAUAAUAUAUUCCAAAAAUUUUAAUGCCACCGACCAACCGGUCGUCAGCUCGAGAGCGCACAAUAUUUUAAGUUUCAAUUUUGUUAUGUUGAAUAUUGAAUCUUAUAUCAAAUACUACGAAAACACAACUAACCGCACGUGGUUCUGACGCACACGACAGUGAACUCAGGUCCUUAUCUAGCCACAUUCUCUUCAUUCAAGUGCUGUACUUGCAGCAGCUGUUUAGACGGCUUCGUAUAUUAUUGUUAGCAAACAGUUAAGUUAUUGUAGUCAACAUUAGUAAUAAAUGUAGUUCAUGUAAUCUGUUUGUUGUAUCAGUGUCUAUUAUAAUCUUAUUGAAAAA